AUGGACAUUACUAGUUUCGUCCUCCAAGGACGUGACAAUGCCCUCGUCUAUGGCGAUUACUCCACCUAUCACAGCCAGCUGUCCAAGCGUCUGCUGAGCUCGCGCAAGAAGCUGGGCAUCGCUACACGCAACCGCGGCAAGUUUCACAAGACGGAAGCCAUCACUUCUGAAAAUAUUGAACAGAACCACGAAUAUGUGCGCCUGUUACUGCUCACCAGCGAGCGAGCUUGGGCGCAAGCCAUGUCCAUCAAAGCUGCUCACGCGACAGGACGCAAGGGAAUUGCUGGCCGCACCAAAUCCCACAUUAUCUCUCGACUCAAUCGAGCCGCCAACACUGCCCACAAUCUUGUAGAAGCCCUCUCAGAGACUGCCGUCUCGGGCGCCUCGACGCGCGAUAUCCUCGAAGCCAAAGCCUACGAAGCCCUCAUCGUCGGUGCCAUGCAGUUUGAAAAGCAUGCCUGGCUACCAUGCCUCGAGAGCUACGCUGUUGCCAGAGUGAUCUACACAGCAUUGACUACCAACGGAAAGGGCGACAUUUACAAGGACCUUCUUGCCGACACCAUAGACCCUUCGAUCCGAUAUGCCGCCUAUCAGCUGAAGACGCCCCGCACCAUCCCGAUUCCAACGAUUGCGCACAAGGCCUUCCCCGAUACCGAUGCCGUCCUCGUACAGCAGAUCAACGACGUUGACCCUGGUGCUCUGUCUGGCAAGUCCGACGCCAAGACUAGCCUUGGCAACCCCGACCAGGCCCCUGAUACCAUUACUUGGCGAUCACGCAAAGUGCGCAUCGAAGACGCCCAAAUCGCCCUCGCUUGGGCUUCCGUCAACGCUGCGAAGCAAAGUCUUGCCGAAGGCUUGGCCAAGGGCAGAAGUCGCUCUCCUCGCGAGGCUGCUGCUGCGUACGACGACAUUUUGACGGCUACGCAAAAUGCCGUGGAUGCUACAAAGCAGGCUAUUGACGAGCUUCGCGGAGAAGGCGUCGCGCAGAGCGAUCCUCGCAUGCAGAGCUUGCAAAUUACCCGGACUGCUGUCAACUUUGAGAUGAUUAGUUGGAGGAUUGGCCGCAACCGAGUGCUGACGGGAGAAUCUGACGGCGCUGUGGAGGAGCACGGCCGAUCCAAGGCUAUCAAGAAGGUCGAGACGGAGGGCAAAGAGAACGACGAGUCUGGUUCUACCGAGCUUCCCAUCUCGCGAAAGCUUACGAAGCUAAAGGAGAAGGCUGCUCUAUAUGACGGGACACUCCAAAAUCUCGAAUCCAUCAAAGAGUUGCCUGGCGUGGCUGCUGAUCAAGCACUUUCAGACAAGUUAAAUGCCUUUGUGAGCUAUUUUGCCGCCCUCAAGGCCUUGUCUAUUGCUCGCUCGCACGCCAUCAUCGGCAACGUCGCCAACGCCCUCGCUCUCAUCCAGCAUGCCUCCGACCGCUGUCAGUUUGCCACCAAGCAGCUCCCCGAAGCCCCCUCUGACGCCGCUGCCGGCUCGCCUCCCAACAUUGAAGUUUCCAGCGCCGCCGUCCAGCAGCUCUCCGACCUCGUCCGCGGCGAGCUCCGCCGCCACCAGGCCAUUGUCCACGUGGAUAACCUCCGCAAGGAGGAGCUCGCGAGGAGCACAGCCACUCCGGCGCCGCUGGUCGAGCGCCUGCACCAGUUCCCCGCAGGCGGCGUCGAUCUGAGCAACGUGGUCGAGUUCCCGCCGAAAAAGGCUCUCAUUCCCGUCAAGCCCAUCUUCCUCGACGUGGCCUGGAACUACAUCGGCUACCCUGGCAAGGCAGCCGUUGCUGCGGCCACUGCCGCCCCUACAUCGUCUGCUGCUACCGGGACGGCUAGUGAGCCGGCGCAGUCUCAGAAGAGGGGGUGGUUUGGCUUUGGGAGAUGA